AUGGGCUGCUGUGGUGAACGGGAGAAAUAUGGCAAUCUCAAUGCCGAACAGAAAUGGGAAUACAUUAAUCUCGACGAUUUCAAAUCAACCUCGUGCUGGACACCCUUCGCCUAUGGCUAUCUCCUGGUCAUGCUGAUCGUCUCCCUCUCCGUCUACGCCGUCGACACCUUUACAGCCAUCAAUCUCCUCGCCUUUGACCGAUGGGCCGGUCAGAUCAAGCCAGAAAUUCCCUUACAUAUUUCCCGAUGGAUAUUCGCUGGAUGUAUCAUCCUAUCGUUCGUCCUACUCGUCUACCGAUGGAUUCGUGCUGUUAGGGUCAUGCGUCAGGGUGGAGUUGCUAAAAGUUACCUCGACCCCCUCGCCGUGCGUGUACAGUCAAUUCGAUGGGGACAAGGAAGAGGUUGGAAACGUUUCUUGGUUUUCGCCGAGUUAACCAAAAGCAGGAAAGGUGCCGACUACGUUGCGCUCUUCACCUACUUUUCAUUCGAAGCAUGGCUCCGAAUUGUGUUUGCUGAAGGGCCCCGGCAAGUCGUCAAUGCAAUCACUCUAUAUUCAGUCAUGAAGUUGAAGUUGAUCCCGGAAGGCGACCAUGCUGCCACAGAUGGCCACUCGCCAGUGGUCCAGUUUUUUGUCAACAUUGGAAUACUGGCAGACGAAAACCACCUCCAAGCGGUCAUCCUUUUCGGCAUGCUUUGGACUCUGUUCAUUUGGGUCAUCUCAAUGCUUAGUCUGAUCAUUUCAAUCAUUUUAUACCUCCUUUUCCUCUGGCAUCACAUCCCCACAGAUGAUGGAGGCUUGACCGGUUACUGCCGCAACAAGAUCAAUCGAAGGAUGGAAAGAAUUGUCAAGGUCAAAGUAGACAAAGCAUUGCGGAAAGAAAACGAACUUCGCGCGCGUCAGGAGGCAAUGGCUGCUCGUCAAGGAUUGGAUUUCAAAAAGCAGCCAACCUUACCCAAUAUCAGCACUUCCGAAGUCGACUCUCUGUCUGGGUUAUCUCGACAAACGACCAUGACAACUCUGCCUGAAUACUCGUCUCGGCCUGGGACAGGUAGCAACAGCAGUGAAUCGAUACCGACGUUGCCUGACAUCGCUACACGUCCACUUAUCCCCGCACGAACUGUCACGCACGGGUCUGCCGCAUCGUGGUCUAGCUAUAGCUCCAAUGCUCCGUUGAUGGGCUCCGCAGGAGAGAUGGGCCAGAUGCCUGAUCGAGCACAAACACCAGGUGCAGACGUAACGAGUCCGUGGUACAGUAAACCACUACCUAACCGAAGCAUGACUGGUCUUUCCCAACUCUCACAACGAUCCUUGAGCGCCACCGUCCCACGGCCAGGUACAGCACAGGGAGAUAGAAACGGGCCUGGAUCCUAUCAAAUGGACUCGCUUCCGCGUCCUGGAACAAGCAUGUCGAAUGCUCCACGGCCGAGAUAUCCAUCCGACAACAGCAGUGCCCUGCCUUACCCAGAAGAUCGAAGUUCAGCCUCGUCAGUGAAGCCACCUUCCUGGUCUGGACCGAAUGUGGAUGUUGCAGCUGAUAGCAUGGGUCGUCGUACACCGGCAGCCGCAAUCGGUCCGCCUUUCCCAGGUAUCCCCGAAGGAAGAGGUCGAAACUCUCCAUUACCUGGUCCACAAUUUCGAGCACAGACUCCUGUUCGAGGGCCUCCAGAAAGGUCAUACACGCCGAAUGGUAUUGGUCCAAUCCGAUCAAUGACACCGACUGGGGUUCCGACUUUACCUCGACUGCAGAGCCCGGCACCUGGAGGAUAUGCGCCUUAUUCGGCCGAACCGCGGUCUAUGACACCCCUAUCUUCAACUUCUGCCAGUGCUGGUGUGCGCAGCGCCACCGAGCCAACCAGAACAUAUACUCCCUUUGGACAGCCAGGUCUUCCUGGUGCCCCGUCACCAUAUCCGCGAGAUAGGCAACCGCCACAGAGACAGGGUAGUGGUGUUGAUGAGAUUCUGGAUCAUUACUGA